AUGACUAUAAAAUCAAUCAUUCUUGUAAUGGUGUCUCUUCAAACCUACACUGCAAAUGGACAGCUAAUAUGUGAGAGGCAAAUGAGUGUGGAAUGGCGCACACAACCAAAGCACCACGUCAUGAAAUGGACUGUGAUGAACAACAUCUGCUCGAACUUCUACACAGAUUGCUGGAAUAUAAAUACCAAUAUUGAAAGGAACAUCCUAGAACAUCAGGCUUUGAAUGUCCCUCAAAUAUGUCCCUUGCAGCUUCAGUUGGGGGAUACUCUGUUCAUAUCUUCAGAAGCAUCUUUUCAGUCACAUGGGAUGAAUUUGGGGAAUGUUUCCAUGGAAGAAUUUAUUAGGUGCCCCCCAAAAGACUUUCUUCAAGAUCAGUUGAUUUUUGGUUGCAGGUUAAGAGGGAUGCACCAAGUUGACCCUCAGUGGCUUGAAGUUGGAACUCAUUAUUUUGCAGAAGUUCAGACCAAAGGACCACCGUUAUGCAACCUGGGCCUUCGGCUCAAUGUAACAGUGAAGCAGCAGUUUUGCCAACAGUCUUCAAAUGCACCUUUUUGCUCCAGACAUGGCAGAUGCUUAAGCCAUGUAUGGGAAGAGGCAUAUAACUGCCACUGUUUUCAACAGUAUUCUGGAAGAUUCUGCCAGGAGUUUGAUGCGUGUUCUAGUAAACCCUGCCAGAACAAUGCCUCCUGUAUUGACACAAGAGAAGGAACUAUUGGGGAUUCCUAUGAAUGUGCCUGUCCCUCACAAUUUGCAGGUAAAAACUGUUCAGAAAUAAUUGGACAGUGCCAGCCUCACGCCUGUCUGAAUGGCAACUGCAGCAAUGUUACUCCAAAUACUUUUCUUUGUGAAUGUAACAAAGACUUUACAGGUAAGAAAUUCAUUUUAUUUUCUAUGCUGUAA